GGUCUUGGCGUGGGGCGGGAGGAAGGGGAGCUCCGUGACUGCGGCCGGGGCUGGUUGGGAGCGGAGCGGCCGGGGCUGCCCCCGGGGCUCGCGGGGGCCAACGGGGAACGGACAAACGGACCAACGGACCAACGGCCCCUGCGCUUCGGCAGCAGCAGCGGCAGCAGCAGCGACUGUAGCGACGCGCUCUCGCUCUGACUCUUGUUCGGGCUCUCCUUGCUCGAGCUCUUCGUCCUCCUCUCCCUCUCCCGGUGUCCCGCUGUCCCAGUGUCCCUGUGCCGGUGUCCCAUUGCCGGUGUCCCUGUCCCAGUGUCCCACUCCCGCUGUCCCUGUCCCGUUCCCGGUCCCCCCUCCCCUUGCCGGCCCGGCCCAUGGCCCCGGCCGUUCCCCUGUGCCGGGCGGGGCCGCCCCGUCCCCGGCCCUGGGCGGCCCGGCGCGGUCUCGCCCUCGCCCGGCUCCCGGCGCGCCGGUUGUGGCGCUGCUGGGCGCUCCUGUGGGGCUGGCUGUGGGACGGGCUCGGCCUCGCCGCCCCUUGGCUCCGCCUGGCUCGAGCCCGGCGCCUGCCGGGGCCGGCGGGGGCCGCGGGCGCCGCGGCCGCUGCCGCCUCCUCGGCGGCUUCCCCGGCCAGAGCUCCGCCGCUCGCCAGCCCGGCCGCCGGCAGCGAGCCGCCGCUGCCCGCUGCGGCUGGGGAAGCCCGGCCCGGGCCGCUUGAGGGGCGCUCGGGGGCCGUGCCGGGCCCCGGCCCCAACGCUGACGGCCACGUCUCGCCCGCACCGAAGGCCAAGGAGCCGCUGCACGAGCGCUACCGGCUGCAUUCGCUGCUGGGCAGCGGCGGCUUCGGCCGCGUCUACGCGGGGACCUGCCUGGCGGACGGAGCCCCGGUGAGUGCAGCAGGAGGAGGAGGAGGAGGAGGAGGAGGGCGGGACGGGCGGCGAGCUCAACCCGCCCUUCCCCUCGGCUUGCAGGUGGCCAUCAAAGCCGUGUCCCGGGAUGGCAUCCGGCGCUGGGGCGAGCUGCCUGACGGCACCCGGGCCCCCCUGGAGAUCGUGCUGCUGGACAAGGUGUCCAAUGGCUUCCCUGGUGUCAUCCAGCUGCUGGAGUGGUUCGAGCUCCCCAACGGGUUCCUGUUGGUGAUGGAGCAUCCGGAGCCGUCUCAGGACCUCUCUCGCUUACUGAGGGCGUGGGGGUUCCUGCCGGAGGAGAUGGCGUGGGGGCUGUUCCGCCAGGUGCUGCAGGCCGUGCGGCACUGCACCAGCUGCGGCGUCCUGCACCGGGACAUCAAGCCCCAGAACAUCCUCCUCCACCUGGCCACCGGCGAGGCCAAGCUCCUGGACUUUGGAUGUGGCACCUUCCUUAAGGACACGGUCUACACCCAGUUUGCAGGUGAGCCCACAGCCGGGGGAUGCUCCUGGUGCCGGGCAUCGCAUGGCCAUGCCCGGGUGUGGCAGUGGAGAUUGCCCCUUUGGCCGAGGGGGAACAGGAUUAGUUCUUCAGCCAAGUUGCUUUUGGAUGGGGCUGGGGGGUUACUGUGA